GGAAAAUAAACUUGAAAUUUUUAUUUUGGUUAUGCCUGGACCUGAUGUUGGUAGUCUGGAAAAGUUGGGGUAGAAACCCAAGCAAAUCAAGUUGGACUUGUAACAAGGCUUCUGGGCUUGUAUCCAUAGGCCCACAGCCUUUGGACAUGCUUUUGGCAUUUUAUUUUUAUUUUUCUUAUAAUAGUUUUAGCUGCUCUGGCGAACGUAUUUAUUUCCCGUUCUUCGUCUUCCGCCAUUGCCGAUCAUUCCUUCGCUUCCACAAGAAUUCCGAUUUCUCUCCUCAAUACAGGAUUCAAUUUUGUCAUCCCAAACCCUAGAAAUUUCCCCCCAAAUAUGCAUCCCCAAUCGCGACAGGUUCUCCUCAGAACCCCGAAUUCGCGCCGCCUCCAAACCCUAACCAUCGAUCCAUCGCAGCCCCAAACCCUCCGCUCCCUGAAGCUCUCCCUGAUCCCCGACCAUGGAAAUCCCGACGCUUUCUACUUCACCGCCAACGGGAAACUCCUCUCCGACGACUCGAUCCCCAUCGGCGGCCCCCAGGUCCCCGCUCUCUCCACCCUCACCCUGCGCCACCGCCUCCGCGGCGGCGGUGGCGAUGGAGGCGCGACGGGGGCCGAGUCCCGCGACUGCUACCUCAAGAUGUACGCCGAGAAGAAGCCGGACAAAGUCGACCCCAACGAGCAGCGGCUUUCCAAGUGGGUGAACUGCGCCCUCUCUUACGAGACUCUGCGGCAGCCUUGCGUGAUGGAUCGACUCGGAAAUGUGUUCAAUAAGGAAUCUCUUGUGGAGGCUCUGAUAGGUAAGAAGCUGCCCAAAGCUUUUAGUCACAUUAGGGGUUUGAAAGAUAUGAUUGAUAUCAAAUUGGAGCCGAUCCCCGGUGGGGAAUCGAACAAUGCCUGGUUUCAGUGUCCGAUAACGGGGCUGGAGUUCAAUGGGACUUACAAGUUCUUUGCUUUGAGGAAAUGCGGGCAUGUGUUGAGUGCCAAGGCUUUCAACGAGGUGAAGUCGAAAGCUUGUCUGGUUUGUUACAGGGAGUUUGAGGAGUGUGAUAAGAUUGUGAUCAAUGGGAGUGAAGAGGAAGUGGAGGCUUUGAGGGAGAAGAUGGAGGAGGAGAGGGCUAGAGUUAGUAAGGAUAAGAAACAGAAGAAGGUCAGGAAUGGAGAUGUUGUUGUUGCAGCAGCUGAAGGUGGCGUCUCUAAUGGUGGAGAGAUGGAGGAGUCUGGUAAGAGAUUGAGUGGGAAGAAGCAUGGGAUUGUUGAUGGUAAAGAUAUCGAGAAGGUCAAUGUGAAGUCCGAGAAGUUGAAUGGCAAGAUUGAGAGUGCUGGCACUAACAACAAGAGGUUCAAGGCUGCUGCUGUGGCACCGGCUCAUGCUACGAAGGAGGUUUAUGCAUCGAUCUUUACGUCCUCGAAGAAGAAGUCGGAUUUCAGGGAGACGUACUCUUGUCGAUCUCUGCCUCUCGGCAGGAACUGAUCUGAGUGGAACGCAAGCUAUGAAUGUGAUGUCUGCUGAUUAUGUAAUUUCGAAUGCCUGAUUGCUUGUAUGAAUUUGAUGUUGUUAACCAUAUGAAGAAUUAUGUGCCAAGUUCUUGGAUUGUGUAUUAUUGUGACAUGUUCAAUAUUUGUUGUGAGAUUUGCCUUUUCUGGCAGAUAUCCUCCUGCCUGCCUUUUCAUUACAGGUAUUUCAGAAUAGUAGACAUACUGAAUUUAUGACUUGCAAGUUGCAAUACAAGAAAAGCUUCUUA